AUGUCAGUUACACGAAUUCUCCGUCGUGUACAUGUCACGGAUCUCUUGUUCUUCUUAGUUUGUCUUUGGUCAACUUCGACUAUUAUCUCCAUCUACAACGUCUUUUAUACAUGCAUCUCUUCGCCGAAGCUCAACCAUCUCUAUUGUCUCACAGCCGGUUCUCAUCAGCCUGGUUCUUGGGAUUUAGAAACCGGGGAAGAACGAUACCGGUACAUCAAUUCGAAGGGUGAAGGCGAGGUGACCGCACCAAAUGACGUGGACAAGUAUCUUCAAAUACAAAGAUCUUGGCUAUCGAUGAGAAACAACCGCCAAAACCCGGGAUCUUGCGAAGGAAAAGGGGUUUACGUUUACGAUUUACCGUCUAAGUUCAACAAAGAUUUGUUGGGAGAAUGCUCCGACAUGGUUCCAUGGGUCAAUCUUUGCAGCUUCUUCAAGAACGAUGCGUUUGGUGAAUCCAUUGAGAGUCUUGGCAAAGGCUGGUUUAGAACGCAUCAAUACUCUCUUGAGCCGAUCUUUCACGCUAGGGUUUUGAAGCAUCCGUGCAGGGUUUAUGAUGAGAGCCAAGCGAAGCUUUUCUUUGUGCCUUACUAUGGUGGUAUCGAUGUCUUGAGAUGGCAUUUCAAGAACGUUUCCAAGGAUGUGAAGGAUGCUUUGGCGAUCGAUGUCGUUGAUUGGCUCGGUUCCAAGAAAUCCUGGAGGAGAAACUCCGGGAAAGAUCACGUGUUCGUUCUUGGCAAGAUCUCUUGGGAUUUUAGGAGGAACGGUAAGUCUUCUUGGGGAUCAAGUUUACUUGAGAUGCAAGAAAUGAGAAACCCUACAAAGCUUCUCAUCGAGCGUAAUCCAUGGGAUGUCAACGACGUCGCCAUACCUCAUCCGACGUUCUUCCACCCGAAAAACGACGAUGAUAUUUCCAGCUGGCAAAACAAGAUCAUCGUAAAACCUCGCCGGAGCCUAAUCAGCUUCGCCGGUGCAGCAAGACCCGGAAACCCUGAUAGCAUCCGGUCAAUACUGAUUGACCAAUGCAUAUCGUCUCCAAACCAUUGCCGGUUCUUGAACUGUACCGAUGGAGGAUGUGAUAAACCGGUCGGUUAUCGAGCUUUUCCAAGAUUCGGAGUUUUGUCUUCAACCACCUGGAGACAGUCCAACGAGGAAGUCGGUUUUCGAUUCCCUCGUAUCGGGUUGUAUUCCGGUGAUCUUUGA